UACUGUUGUUUCUUGUGGUUACCUUCCUGUCGUCAUUGACAUCACUAUCACUACCCAGGACAUCGCCAACAAUGUCCAUGACUGGCAGGUGGCCGAAGACGAAAGUUGUUCGGACCACCGAUAUAUUUACCGAUAUAUAGAAGGUGAUACGAGCAUUAGCAUACUCAGGAGAUUUAAGUUACCAAAGAAUAGAAUACAGGCACUCACAAGGGCCUUUUCGCAGGCGCUUCAACAAAAGGAGCAAGCGUUGGAUUUAUGCAAUAAUCAGAAUGACCUUAAUGACCAUACAGAACAACUUCUAGACACCAUCCGAUGCAUAUGUGAUCAAUACCUGCCCACCAGGACUGCAAAACGACUACAGGGUAUUGCGUGGUGGACGAAAGAACUGCGCCAACAACGGCAGAAGUGCAGGGCGUUAAGACGUCGACUACGCUCUACGACAGACGAGGAAGCAAAGAUUACAAUCCUCGCAGCAUUCAGAAAGGAAAGAGCAGCGUACAAGAUUAACCUCCUAAAGGCGAAGAUCGCCAGCUGGCGGAAGUUCUGUACGGAGAACUCAAAUCCAUAUGGAAUACUGCACAAACUAGCAACCUCCAAAGUCUUCAAGCCGGAUCAUCUGUACGCCGAGACCACAAAUCCACCCUCCACCGGCAACAUAGCAGAAGAUACUGCUACCACAUAUCUGAAUGCAGCCUUCAGGGAAGAUAACCCAGAGGAUGACACGCCACAACAAAGACUAACAAGAGACUGUCAAAACGUCCCAGAUACCCCGGAUGAUAUCCCUUUCGGAUAUCAUCCGGGGUAA